AGCCGGCAGCCGCCACGACCCUGGCGAGCAAACUAUUCAUGUCCAUAGUUCAUAGAAUUAAGACAAUCGUCAAUCGCGUCUCAGUCAUUCAGUGUGACGGCUGUGACGUUUAUAGUCUUGACAUUUUUUUUUUUUAUUAUUUCGAGCCAAACCGAUUUUUGAUUUUGUUGUUGUUCCUCCCAACAUUCUCGUAGUGUCCAUUUUGCCGACGGAACAUACGUCGUCCGUUCUCCAAUACGAUUAACGGUGUAACCCGUUGGUCACCACCACUGUUGCCGGUCGGGUAUCAACCGAAAACGACGACGUGUUUCGGUCAGUCAAAACUGAUAGUUACCGAUUCUCAUUAGUCAUUUGUAUCUAUCCGUGCCGCACUGUCGCCUUUAAACGGCGUUCUUGAGUAUUUCACUUUUAUCAUCUCGUCUCUUACGCCGUUUGCUCCGAAAUUGAUUCGCGCCUUCCUUUAAAAUGACUGAAGAAAUCGAAGAGAUCAUAAAAUUUGUUGGGGAUGAAGAAUGUACUCGCACAGUUCAUAGCAACUCAACCAAAGUUUGUUCAAGUCAAGGAUCUCAUAACAAAGGAAGUUCAAAAUUAACACUUAAAAAUUUUGUUAAUUUUAAUUGGAAUCAAUGUUAUUACCAUGGGCAAUUGAUUGCCUUGCAUAUAAGUGAAAAGUACAUAGCUUAUGGAUUUUCUAAUACUGAUACUUUUGAGGGUUUGGUUCGUAUUGUCAAAAUAGAAAGUAAUGAAAGAGUAUUAAUUAAAGGGUUUUCAAAUUUAAUUGAAGAUUUAAGUUUUGCUCAUCUUUAUGAAAUAAUAAUGUUGGCCUGUAUUGACCAAUCUGGAACCACAUUUGUGUAUGUUAUUAAAGAAGAAAGCUGUGCAACUCCAAAACUAAGAGUUUUUCCAGUUUUUCAAAUCAAUGGGGAUCCAUCAUAUUGUUUUAAAAAUAAAUAUCUUUUAUCUUGGUGUCAAUUUAUUCCGGAACAAGUUAAUCAUUUAAAAGAACUUGAAUUUGAACCAACUUAUAAAGGAAAAAUGUUGGCAGUAGUUCGUGCUUCAGAAGUUGAAAUAUGGCAUGUUGGCGUUGCAAGUAAUUUUACUUCCGGUCCAGUUUUUACUAAUUUUAGUUUGAAUACAUCAAUAGAUAAACAUGUUUUAAAUAAUAUUAAAAAUGCAUCAAUAAAAAUCAAUUUGAAAGAAGCAGAUAUUAUUAGCUUAUCAUUUUCUCCUGAUGGUUCAACUAUAUCAUUAGCAUUAAGUAAUGGAUCUAUUUAUUUCUAUCAGGUAUCUUUUGACCAUAUUCCUGAUACACCAAAGCGUGUAUUUACUUGGCACCCUCAAGAAUUAUUUUUGUCUUUGAAAUCUUUGGCGUUUUUAGAUAAUCGUAAAACUGUUGAUGGAGAUGUCGAACUUUGGAAGUAUGUCGUGACUUUAUCUACUCAGGAUGAAAUUAUUUUAUGGUCUUGUGAAACAUGGAAACCUCUUCAAAAAGUACAAUUUGUUCGACCUUUUAAAAAACUAAAUCCGAUGAAGCUAACAGUUGAUGGAACUGGAAGAUAUAUAUUUUUGAGUGACAUUGACAAUAAUUUAUUAUAUGUUAUAGAAGUAACUGAUGAUACUAAUUCUGCUAAGAAAUAUAUAAAAAUAGUUAGCAUUACUGAAGUUUUGCUACAAAGUCCCAUGUUAAACAUGAUAAUUGUUGAUGCUAAAAUUGAUUAUAACGAUUUAGAUCUUACAGAAAAUCACAAUUCCAAUAAUAUUUUACCAAGUUCUACUAACUAUACAACUAUCAUAAAUUUAUUUGCAAUUCAACCAAAGUCACUACAAGAAGGUCAAUUAAUUAUUGCAUCUCCAAAAUUAUCUUCUACGGAACAAUAUAAUGACCAAAUUAAAACUGAGUCUACAAAUAUAUUUCCAAAACCACCAGUAAUAGAUCUUCUUGUAGAAUCUGUUGAGCCUACUACUUCUAUUAGUAAUUCUGAAGUUCAAGAAUUUAAUGUACACAAAGAAGAUGGCAUUUUGCAUACUUUAUCUCCAUUGGAAGUUCACAGUUUAGUAAAAGAAAAAUUGAGAUUAAAAGGAAUAAAUCUUAAUUCAAAAAACGUUUCUAAUUCUUCUAGUUCAACGCAGAUUCAAAAUAGGCAAAACAAAAAUUAUAAUAAUAUAAAACCAAUCGUAGUUCAAUCAUCAAGUACUUUUUCCUACCCACAAAAUCCUUUUGAUGAUUUGAAUGAAGCAAGAGAAUGUAGUCCAAGUAAUAAUGAAGUUCAGACUAUUUUACAACAACAAACUGAUCAAGAAACACAAUAUAAUUAUAUAGAAACACACAAUGAUAAUUUUGAAACUGUGAGUAAUUAUUCUAAUGGAGUUGAUGAAAAAGAAGAAAACAAUUGUUAUUCAAGUAAUUCUGUGUUAAACGGUUCAGAAAUUUCUACAAUAAGACGACCUUUGGAUAAGUCUGGUGUAAUAGAUGAUAGAAUUGGUAUCCAAAUAGAUGAUAUUUUAACAAAUUUACAAGAAAUGAACGCUCAGUUACAAUGGAUAUCAAAUAAACAAAAAAAAAUUGAUAAUCAAAUUAAUGCUGCUGUGUCAAUGAAUUCAUCUAGUUUAUGUAAAAAUCUAGAACCAGUUUUAACGAAUAUGGUUAAGAAUGCAAGUGAUCAAUCACAUCGAAAACUUCAUAUGAUGAUAGAUCAUCAGCUAAAUACCUCUCAUAAGAAAAUAACAGAAAUUGUCAAAGCUACCAACUCCAAUAAAGUAGAUACUGAAUUAUUUACAAGGUCUUUGGUUGCUUCAUUGAAUCCUACUCUUGAUGCAAUUCUAAAAGAUCUUUUUAUGAGUACAGUUAUACCUAAGUUUGAACAUGCUUGUUGUUCCAUGUUUAAACAAAUUGAUGCAUCUUUUACUGAAAGAUCACUAGAAUACCAAAAUGAAUUGAAGUCUUUACUCAAUGAAGAAGGUAAUAUCAAUAACAAAUUAGAAUAUGCUUUUGAUAAAUUCAGGGUUGACAUGAAUAACAUUAUUAAAAGUACAGAAAAAAAAAUAUUAAGCACCCAAAAUGACAUGCAAAAACAAUUUUCAAUUCUACUUAAGGAGAAGACACAUGUAGAACCAUGUGUGAAAGAUACGGAUAAUACUGCUACCCAAUAUAUGAUUUUAAGCGAUAUUAUAAAACAGGGAGAUUAUGCCUUGGCUUUUGAAAAAGCAUUAUCUGCAUCAAAAUUAGAAUUGGUGCUUUUUGUCUGUGAAAAAGUACAACCAGAACUACUUUUCGUUCCACCAAAUGCUUUAAAAAUUCCAAUUGUAUUAUCGUUGAUUCAACAGUUAUCUCAUGAUCUAACAAAUAAUACUGAACUAAAACAUAGGUAUUUGGAAGCAGCAAUUGGAAGUUUAGACUAUACCAAUGAACACCACAAAGACAAUAUAAACUUAGUUUUAGUUAAAACUGAUUCUAAUGUUGAAAAGUUUGUUCAACAUAAUCCAUUUAAUCCUUACUGUCGCAAGUUAAAAAUGUUACAGUUAGCCAUUAAGACAAUGAUAAGUUGUUAUACAGAAAGCAUUUGAGUAAAUAUCACGUUUUAUAAUAUUUUUAAAAAGAGACUUUAGAAUUAUAAAGGACUGAAACAAUAUCCAUAAUGUUCAUUUUAAUUAUUUUUUUUUUUUUUAUUUUUUAUUUAUAUUUCUGUUUUGGUACAAGUAACUAACAUGUUUUAAAUUUUAUUAAAGAUAAAAUGUUUUUUUUUUUUUUUGUGUUACCGUAUGAUUCUAAGAUUUGAAUUCAUACGCUAAACAUAUUUUAUUUAUUUAAUACUUUUUAUAAAAAUCUCUUACAUUUAAAUAAAAACUAUAAUGUAAGUAAUUA